AUCUCAACUUGCGCGUCCUCGAAUAACCGUCAAUCAUCAUAUUCUCAGUAACUAGUACUCUUCUUUUCCUCGCUAUGGAUGCAUAUACUUACACUUUUCUAUUUUCCAGGAAUCCCCAAGUUUUUCCGUUAUAUUUCUGAACGGUACCCGCUUACCUCCCAGUUGAUCGAGGAGAACAAGAUUCCAGAAUUUGGCUCACAUCCAAAUGAUGAAGACGCUCACUUCAGAGUAUCCGAAGAGCAAAUAUAUACUGCGAUAUUCGCAUAUGUGGACCUACUGUUUGGUAAGAUAAAGCCAAAGAAACUCUUCUUUAUGGCAGUGGAUGGCGUGGCUCCGCGGGCGAAGAUGAACCAGCAACGAAGUCGACGGUUUCGCAGUGCCAAGGAAGCGAAGGAGGUCAGAGAGAUUGCAGAGUCGAAAGGAGAGAAACUUCCAGAAGAGAAAGCGUUUGAUAGUAAUUGCAUUACACCAGGUACCCCCUUCAUGGCUAGGCUAUCUGCCCAGCUACGUUACUUCGUGAACAAGAAGAUUACCGAUGAUGCUAAUUGGCGUGGCGUACAAGUCGUAUUAUCCGGUCAUGAAGUACCAGGUGAAGGUGAACACAAGAUUAUGGAAUACAUCCGACUGUCAAGAGCUCAACCCGAUUACAACCCCAACGUCCGACACUGUUUGUACGGUCUUGACGCUGACCUCAUUAUGCUUGGCCUUUUGAGCCAUGAUCCCCACUUCUGUCUCUUGCGAGAGGAAGUGAAGUUCGGGCCUGCCGCGAGGAAGAAGGGUAACAUCAGUCUGGAAAACCUCAACUUCUACCUUCUACAUCUCUCGCUGAUGCGUGAAUACCUGGACCUCGAGUUUCGCGACAUAGAACACAUUCUCGCAUUCGAUUACAGCCUAGAGCGAGUCAUCGAUGAUUUCAUUCUACUGGCAGUCUUCGUCGGAAAUGAUUUUCUACCUAAUCUUCCAGAUUUACAUAUCCACGAGAACGGACUGGAGCGCUUAUUUGAUGUGUACAAGAAAGUUUUGCCAUCGAUGGAUGGUUAUAUAAACGAGAACGGGGUUAUCAAUACCAAGCGGCUGCAGGUCGUCCUGGACGAAAUGACCAUAUGGGAGCGAGAAAUAUUCGAGAAAGAAUAUGGAGACGCGAAUUGGUUUAAGGGAAAACGGGGCAAACACGUCCAAGAAAUGGAACAUGCGCGCAAGCGUGCUAAGCUUGUUCUGACGCGCCCUCAACGAGAUAUUUUUGACCAAGUGCGGCAAUUUGUCUUGCAAAGUCGCGGGAAACCAUCACAGCACCGAACUGCGGCCCUCACAAUGCCCAACACAUUCCCCGCCCGGGAACGAAAGUUCAUCAGCACCCUGGCGGAGGAGUUGCAUCUGUCUGUCACUUGGGAUGAGUUCGAUAAAGAGGACCAGAAUCUUGUCACAUGGCGACUCCCCGGGGCUUUGGACGAACCCUUGCCAGAAUCUGAUGCUGAGCCAGUUAAUGGACACGGAAAUUCCGAAGGCGAAUGGGAAGAUGUGGACGAGGAAGAUGAAGAAGGCAGGGUUGCAGUCGAUCGAGUGUUGAAGAAAUUUGACAAGGCGCCCGUGGCGGAUGACGAUGACGGAGGAGGUUUCGACGCUCGACAUGAACAAUCCGUCAAUGACAAAAUGGCGGAAUGGAAACGAGAAUAUUACAAGGGAAAACUUGGGAUCUCCUACGAUGCCCCCGAAGAGAUGCACCAGUUAAUUUACCGCUAUACAGAGGGCCUACAAUGGGUUAUGCACUACUAUUAUAGUGGCAUUGCCUCCUGGGGCUGGUUUUACGACUACCAUUACGCGCCACGGAUAUCGGAUUUACGCGGCCUUGGUGACAUGUCGUUCACAUUCGAGCUGGGCAAACCUUUCCAUCCUUUUGAACAAUUGAUGGGCGUCCUCCCAUCCGCAAGUAUGGAUCAUAUUCCGCAAGCCUACCAAGACCUGAUGUAUGAUCCAAAUUCACCGAUAUUGGACUUCUACCCCCCCGAAUUCGAGCUAGACCUCAAUGGGAAGAAGCAAGAAUGGGAAGCGAUCGUUAAGAUUCCCUUCAUUGAUGAGCAACGGCUGUUGCGAGCAAUGAAAUCACGAGAACAGAGGUUGACUCCAGAAGAGCGCCGCCGCAAUGGCUUCGGGACCAGUACCAAAUUUUCCUUCGAUCCUGGAGAGACUACGGUCUAUCCUUCAUCAUUGCCAGACUUCUUCCCUCCCAUAUAUCGUUGCACAUGCAAGAUGGAAUCCUUCGACCUACCGACUCUUGAUGGCCUUCAUCUUGUGCCUGGACUAUGUGAAGGUGUAUGCCUCGGUGCCUCAGCUCUUGCUGGAUUCCCGUCCCUCGAUACCUUACCCCACACAGCACAACUAGGUUUCCACGGUGUCAAUGUACACGGCUCCGAAAGCCGGAACAAGUCCAUGGUGGUUCACAUCCAAAAUCCUCACGAAAACCGCAAGACAGAAGAUAUCGCCGAGGAAAUGGUCGGCAAACGCACUUUCAUCGGAUGGCCUUUCUUACAAGAGGGGCUCGUCGUCGCGGUGUCUGAUUCGUUGUUCAAAUACGAGAAGUUCAAAGUCAUACCCAGUGCACCUCCAAAGGUCGUUUCCAAUCCACAUUUCCAGCAGGGCUUGGGUCAUUGGAAGAGUAAAGCUGAACGGAUCGAGUCGGUAUAUUCGAAGAAAUGUGGAGUUAUUACUAGUGACGUCGAUGUCCUUGUGCACGUCCGUCCGCUGAAAGGUUUGAAACGCUUGGAAUCAGGAGCAUUAGUUAAGGACUACGAGGGACCUGAUAAAGAGCUCGAACAAGCUGUCCAGAUGGUCAUCUCAGAAGUUGCGUCUGAAGAUCCCAGGUUUCUCGAGAAGGAUGCUCCACCUCUGUCAGAAGAAUUCCCUGAUGGAACGAACAUUUUUUUCCUGGGCGAACAUGCAUAUGGUGUGGCUGCCCAGGUGUCUUCAACUACCGACAGCGCUCUGUCUGUUGUCUUGGCAUUCUUCCCUUUAGACAAAGCGGAAAACGAGAAGUUCCAGACUAUUGUUGAGAGUCGUGUUUCCCAGCACUACUUGCCAUCAUUCAAAGCAGCCUCCUCACUAAGGAUGUCACCCAGAGCGCUCUCCAAGAUCACAUCUAGCUUCAUGGUCCUCACGUCUGAUCAUCAAAAGAACAAUCUCGGACUAAGUAUCAAGUUUGAGGCCAAGGCCUUGAAGGUCAUCGACUACUCAACGAAGUCUGGUCGCUAUUGGGAGUUUAGCGAGAAGGCAGUUGACCUCAUCCGUGAAUAUAAGGAUAAAUUCCCGGAAGUAUUUGGGAUUCUGGACCAAGGGGGCGACGAUAUGGCCCGGGCUACGGACAUCUUUGACUCCCAUGCUGAUGCUAAGGUCAAGGAAGUGAAGUCUUGGCUCAAAUCCAAGGGCGUCCGAGAUUUAGAGCCAGUCUCGCUCUUUUCGGACAACCUAGCGAAGAGUACCGUCAAAGAAAUUGAAGAGCUCGCCGACGAAAUCAAUAAAAACAGAUCAAAAACGGCAAUCAAGAAAGUCAUCGUGAAGAACAUCCCUCGUCACGCAGUUCUCAAACCAUCGCAUGCUAUCUAUCGACUCCAGAACCAGCACUUUGCUUUGGGAGAUAGGGUCACUAUGGGCGUUGUCAUCGGGUUAAACUCGAAGUCGAUGGAUGUCGUGUGGGAUGUCGCAUUUAUGUCUGGUACGACGCUUGGGGACAGAUGUUCUCAGUAUCGGGGCUCAACCGUGGAGUUUAACUCCUGUCUGAACCUUAGCAAUCCCCAAUUCAUUGCCUCUACCUCCACUCGCCCAAACGUCCCUUUCAAACCUCGAUCCGGCCCGUAUCCGGCCAUUCAGCCUGCUCCUGGGCAUCAAGCUGUUGCUGGAUUCCGUCCUGCUGAACGGAGUCAACCUGUAGCAAUUAUGUCCAAUCCAAACCGAGGCCGUGGAGGGCAUGUCACUCGUGCAGCUCGUGGAGGCCCUCCUUUCAUUGGCCGCGGAGGACCACCAGUCAAUGGACGAGGUGGACCUUCCAUCAACGGUCGUCCAGCGCCGACAGCAGAAGGCACCUCACGAGGCGAAGCUUCCGGAUCGACAUCACAACUUGUCGUGAACGCUGACAAUCAACCUCCCUCUCAUGACAAUGGUGCACCCAGCAGAGGCGGUGCGGUUCAUCACCCGUAUCCUCAUCAACAUCCCAGAGGUGGUUUCCGAGGACGAGGGUUCGCGCCGCAUUUUGAUCGCGGGAGAGGAAGGGGUUUCCGAGGAAGGGGACGUGGAGCUUUCAUUCAUCCUAUCGAGUCUUCAUGAGCUUUGUGUAUUUUUACCUUCUUAUCUGUAGCCUUGCUGUAGCCUUCGUGUAGUUUGGAUUCGCUUGUUGUCCGUUCAAUGUCAUUUUUCGCAGUCAACGUCCAGCAGUGCC